AUGGCGCCAGACUGGUUUGAGCAGCUCUUUGGGUUUGUGGAGGUGGACUAUGACAGCACGAAGCAGCAGCUGAGAGUGCAUCCCUCAGAGCAUUCAGAUGGGCUGUUACUCGACAGCCUGGUGAACAAGGAGAAGAAGGAGGGCAAGGGCGGCACCGACGGCUGUGCGUUCGGAACGAACCCUGGCGUACUUGAGAUCGGGGACGUGGCAGCCAAACAUGCGCUUGCUGAGAACAGGCAUGCUACAUUUCAGGUGGCCUCCCAGUUCAACUGCUUGGAGUUUGUGGGCCCAUCUGUGACCCCACAGCAUGGAAUCACGGGCUACGUGCGGGACCGCACGCAAGGACCAGCCUGUUCAAUUGCAUGUGGGCCCGCCACGGCAUAUCGGAACUUCUUCGCUCCCGUUCGCGGAGGUCAGGCGAAGAGGCAGAUCAACAACCUGGAGGAUCUCUGCGUGGAGUUGGACAGAAAAUCGGCGAAACGGCGAAAGGGGAAAGAUGAAGUUCUGUUUCGUUCCUUUGGCAGUCAAUUUCUAGAAGUUCGUGGCGGGUAUACGCUCGCUUCGCACAGGCAGCUUGCAAAUCUAAAUGCUAUGCUGCAAAGCUUGAGCGAAGGGGAACUAGAUGAGCUUCGCCAGAGUUUGCGCGUGGGCGUCCACGCAGACGUGCAGGUCACCUCUUUCGCCUGGGGGGCUCGACCAGUGAAGGAUGCGACGCAGUUGGUGACACAGAUCUUUGGAUCGGCUUGUUCAGUUGCUUACAAUAGAGAGAGCUCGCAGCCGGACUGGGAACCCCUGGCGCGCUUGGUCCUGGAGGCCUCCUACGAGGCAACGCUCCUGGCAGCGCUUCGGCAGGCCCGGAAGCACGGUGGGCUCGGUGGCGUGUUUGGGAAUGCCAUGACAUGGAUCGCUGAUGCGAUGCGCCGCGCCUUCGUAUGCCUCCAGAAUGAAGACUUGGAUGUCCGCAUUGUAACAUAUGCCGGCUCGCCGCCCCCAGAGCUGAUGCGAUUGGAGCGCGACUUUUCCGGCACAGGGUAG